UAGUCAGGAAAGGCAACUCAGUGAUCCCUUCAGCUCCAAUGAUGAACUUUGUGCAUGCCCAGAUCAAGAAAGCAGCUGAUGAGACCGAGACUAUUCUGGAAACAACCCCGGCUGGCAAAAGCGAUGGGGAAGGUGCACUUCGAGCAUUCAUUAAGGGCCAAAAGUUAAGGCGGCUAUCAAACCUUUUCGGUUGUCGUGACCCCGAGUAUGUAUCACCAGAACGGUCUAGGUCGGCGACACCAUCAGAUCCCGCUUCGGGGCAGGGCCAUGGUGAACCUUUCGAGGAUGAGGACGUGGGUGUGGUCACCCAAGAGGUUGCUGAUGAUAUGACCGUGGGGAGGUACCAGGCUCGGUCUGCAUACGAGUUGAAGCCUAGGACGGGAAUCAACAAGUACACACCUGAAGACUUCACCCAAAGAGGCCAAAGAGGCAAAAGGACGGUCGGCACCUCGCGGAUGGCGGCUUUGGAUGACUAUUUGGAUGACUAUGUAGAUGACGUGGACGAACUGGAGCCGGAGCCGGAGCCGGAGCCGGAGUGGCUUCCUCUUCCUAGGAAGGUGAAGAAGAUAAGCGUCAAGAGGGGGGGAGGAGCCAGCAAGCGUGGAAAGCACUAGUCAUCGUCAUUUUUUAUAAUGUUGAACUUAGAGUGGAAUUUGUUAUGUCGUUGAACUUGGAGUGGUCGUACCUAUUAGUAAUGUGGAAUUUGUUAUGUCGUUGAACUUGGAGUGGUGGUAGCUCUAUGUUAAACUUGAA